CUGGUGAUGAACAAGAGGUUUGUCAUACAGUUCUAAAAAGAACACCGGAAGCGGUACAGUGUAAAUUGUAAUGAAAUUGCACGAGAUUAGAUAUUUUUUUCAAACUUGAGCUUCAGCAACAAGAAAAGAAAGUAAAAUAGGUUAUAUUCAUGUCGUAUUCAGUUUGGUUGUAGAAAAUCUUUAUUUGUAAGGUUGAUUUAUUUUGCCAGUUCUAAGUUAUUAAUAUAUAAUAUAGUAAUAAUAAACGUUACCCGUUACGUUAUGGCAGAGAAUGGUUUGAAAAUAAAAUUGAAUCAUCAGCUGGAAGGGGAAGUUCCAGAUUUGGAAACGCAAAGGAAUAAAAUUUCCGAAUGUCUUGGAAAGCCUUUGAAAAAAGGAGAUACAUGGUACCUGAUAGACAGCCAGUGGUUUAAACAGUGGAAGAAGUUUGUUGGUUAUGAUGACAGUGAUGUCAGCAGUGUUAAAGAAGAUGAGGUUCAUCCAGGUCCAAUUGAUAACUCUGCUCUUUAUAAAGAAGAUGGCAGUGGGGAACUGAAGGAUCGCAUGAUGGAUGAAAUGGAAUACGUAUUACUGCCUCAAGAAGGUUGGAAUCUUUUACAUUCCUGGUACACGUUGGCUCCUGGUCAGGAACCAAUUGCUCGGAAGGUAGUGGAAUAUGGAAUGUUUAUGAAACAAUGCAAGGUGGAAGUUUAUCUAAUGGAGCUCAAGCUAUGUGAGAACAGCAAUCUGGAGCAUUGUAUAUCUCACAAGUUUAGUAAGGAUGAUACUGUAGGUUACAUAGAAAAAGUGAUGAAAAGGCUAUUUGACAUCCCAGAAAACAAAGAAACCAGAAUGUGGAUUAAGUCUAACAGCAACACUUAUGACUAUUUAAGCAGCAAAGACACUGCUAUUGAGGAUUCAAUCAUCUGUCAAGGACAGGUUUUGGUCAUAGAAAAGCAGAAUGAUGAUGGAACUUGGCCGAGGCAACUCAAAAGAACAACCAGGAGUUAUGGCACAGUCAGUGGAAUAAACUUUCAUAGUUAUGACUACAACAGUGGUGGGAUGGGCAAAGUUCAGCCUGGUCUUUGUGGGCUUAGUAAUCUAGGAAAUACAUGUUUUAUGAAUUCUGCAUUACAGUGUAUGAGCAACACACCUCCUCUCACAGAGUACUUUCUAAAAGGAAAGUACUGGGAUGAACUCAAUGUGAAUAACCCUUUGGGAAUGAAGGGUGAGAUUGCUAAAUCAUAUGGAGAAUUAAUGAAAACCAUUUGGUCAGGCCAGUUCACCUACACCAUACCUCGAUGUUUCAAGUUGGCAGUGGGAAGGUUUGCUCCUCAGUUCUCGGGUUACCAACAGCAAGAUUGCCAGGAACUCAUGGCUUUCUUGUUGGAUGGUCUCCACGAAGAUUUAAACAGAGUGAAGAAGAAGCCCUACAUUGAAGUGAAAGAUGCUGAUGGCAGACCUGAUGAAGUGGUGGCCAAAGAAGCCUGGGAGAAUUACCUGAAACGAAAUAAUUCCAUCAUUGUUGACAUUUUUCAUGGACUCCUCAAGUCUACUCUUGUGUGUCCAGUGUGUUCAAAAGUCUCCGUGACUUUUGAUCCAUCUUGCUAUCUGUCUUUGCCUCUCCCAGUCAGAAAAGAGCGUCAGAUUGAAAUUUUCUUGGUUAAGUUAGAUGCCAGUAAAAGGAUAUUACAGAUGAAGGUAACAGUCCCUAAGAUGGGAUGUGUACAAGAUUUGUGUGAAGCAGUAGCAAAACUUGCAGAUGUCCAAGCUGAUAGACUUGUAGUGACAAGUGUAUAUAACCAUCGGUUCCACAAGAUAUUUCAAGGAGAUGAAGGGCUUAGCAACAUUCUGGAGCAAGAAAAAAUGUUUGUGUAUGAAGUUGCCUUCACUAAGAAUUCUAACUAUAUCGUACUUCCUGUAUGCAUGAGAGAUAAAAGAUUAAAGACUGGUAUGAGCAACUAUGCAGUCACCCUGUUUGGCCACCCUUUGCUGGUGUCUGUACCAAGAUAUGAUUGUACUUAUGAACUGUUGUACAACACGAUCCUGAGAAACAUUUUCCGAUAUGUACGUCAGCCUAACAGCAGUGAAAAGUGGUGGAUUGAAAAUAACAGAAAGGGAUUUAAUGGAGAAGUAGAGAUGUCUAUUGAGGAUAACUCUGACAAUGACCAGUUAAGAUACAACCCAGAAAAUUUAGAUGAUUCAGACACAGAAGAACGAAGAACAAGACCCCCGAAUCUCUUCACUAUAGUUCAGGUUAAUCCAUAUGCAAAUGUAGAGGUUGAAAAAUUGAAGGAUGAUGGGAAACCUCUUAAGUUAUUAGAUCACACAUACUUUGCUAUUGACUGGCAUCCAAUGGCCAAGGAAAAGUUUUAUGAUGAAAAAGAGGCCAAUGAAUACGUUAUCCAUGAGUCAGUUAAUACAAAAUUCUCACAGAAACGUCAGGUAAUACAGCUGAGUGACUGUUUAAAACUCUUCAUGACUACGGAGAAGCUUGGAGCUAAAGACCCUUGGUACUGUCCAGAAUGUAAGAAACACCAGCAGGCUACCAAAAAGUUUGAUUUAUGGUCAUUACCCCAGGUGCUUAUCAUUCACCUGAAAAGGUUUUCUUAUAAUCGCUACUGGAGAGACAAGAUUGAUACUUUAGUAGACUUCCCAGUAAGAGGACUGGACAUGACAAACUAUGCAAUUGAUCCUCAUCAUGGCCCAGCAACUUAUGACCUUAUAGCUGUUGCCAAUCAUUUUGGAGGGAUGGGAGGUGGUCACUACACGGCUUAUGCAAAGAACAAAGAAACACAACAAUGGUAUUAUUUUGAUGACAGCAGUGUUUCUUCUGCCUCGGAGGAGAAUGUUGUGUCCAAGGCAGCAUAUGUCCUAUUUUAUCUCAAAAAACCAGGAACUGAGACGAACCCUUCCAGGAAAGAGGGGACAUUAGUAACCUCCCAAAACGGACAGUCACUAAGUAACGAGGAAGAUUAUAACAUGGAUAUACAUUAACCAUCAAAUAACCUAGUAAUACCUUUGGGCCUUCUGAGGAUAACUGAUUGUAACAAAUGGGUAAUUGACUUAAAUCAUAAUGAAGUAAAAUUUGUUUUGGGCAAAAGAAAAUAUAUUUCUCAACCAUAGAAUGUAAAAUUUUACGUGGAAAUUGAUGUGAAGCCACCAGUCUUGACAAGAGAUCAAAUCUAUCAUGAAAAUUUGUUAAAUCUUCCAAUAGUAAAUAGCCCAAAGUUUCCCACCUAUUCAAUCACUGUAAAUACUGUUUGAAGAACUUGUUUCUCCGACACUUAAAAAGUGAACCAUGUGUCUUCAUUAGCUCCAAUCGCACCAAAAUGUGGAUACCAUUUCUUUUUAUCAUUAAUAUAACAGUUGCUUCAGAAAA